AAAGCGGACACAAUGAUGUGUACACUUACCCAACAUAUUCCCAUCCAACACGAUUAUUUCUUAUGCUCACAUGGUUUAGCUCCAGCUCUGUUUUGUAUUGUUUGCAUUUAUAACUUUGAUUUAUUACUGAAUUUAGUAAUAUUUUUUUCAACAGCUGUUUGGAAUUUCCGUUUGCGUAAUAAAACAUAUGAAUAUGAUUUUAAGAAAAAAAUACCGGAGCAAGUUGCUGAGAAGUUAUCUGAUAUAGAUUCAGUAAAGGGAGAUCUAGGUUUUCUCCUACAUUAUUUGCAUUCGUACAACAAAAUGUUCGUCAUAAUGUUCGCACAUUUGCUUUCCAAAAAAUACAAGAAGAAAUUUGUGCCACAUGCAUUGAAAAUGAAAUUUCCUGUUGCAGAUUUAAAAACCAGAUUAGAAGAAGAAAAACAAUUAUCUUUUACUAAACUUGGAGGAAUUCCUCCAACGAUUUUCUAUCAGAGUAUUUGCGAUAAAAUUUUGAAACUCAAAUUUACUGAGUGUCAUCUUGAACACGAUGAUUUUAAGGACUUUAACAAGCUUACGAAACUUACGUCUUUAUCCAUUGUAACGUGUGGUCUGGAAUGUAUUCCGAGAGGAGUGCUUGCUUUGAAAAAGCUUGAAGAACUUCGUCUUGAUGGAAACUGCAUAAAGAAGAUUACUGCUGACAUUGCAGAUUUGGAAAAUCUAUGCAUCUUAUCUUUUAAAGAAAACAAACUUAAGAAAAUUGAUCCUGGCUCAUUAAGCAAAAUAAAAAGUCUCCGCUCGCUUGAAACUUACGGCAAUCCUGAUUUGGAACAUCAAGCUCUACGUGAUGAAGUUGGCAAACUUGGGUUGUCAUACUCAAUUGAUGGAAAGUAUUACAGGGUGAGAAAUAAGAAAUGAAGAAAAGGAAAGAAGAAAAGGAUGCGUAAAUGUGUAUUGGGGGAAAAAUGAAAUUGAUUACCUGUUCACGAUAUUUUAUUCAAUUCGGGUGAUGUUCUUCAUAAUUUCCCUUCGCUUUUAAAGAAAAUUCAUGAAACAUUUUUGAUAACCAAUUAUUCUUUAAGCUCGCUCUUCUUUUGCAUAACAUGUUCAUUAUACUUAAUGUAAUUAACUGUAAAUAAAAAAUAAGUUGAAUUGAACGUUGAAUUCCAGUCUGAUAUAUUACAGACUUUAGCUACUUUGUUUAAUCAACGUAAGAUGGCAAUU